UUCGUUGGUUCGCUUCGAAAACAUGUUGUAAAUUCGAGUUGCGUUAAAAAUCAUAAUAAAAAUACACAAAAUAAAACAUCUUCAUUGCGGUGGUGGUUUAUAAAUUAAGGUUCUAUAAUAUUAAUUUAUAUUAAUAAAAGAAUAUUCAAAAACUAAAUUUCCAUAACUAACAUGUGCACCAACAUUAUAGAAAAGUUGUGUACAAAGUUCAAAAGUCAGUGCUGUGAAAGAUAGUUUUGUUAAUCUAGUUAGACUUCAGUUGAAGUAGAUAAAUAAAUAAGCCCUCAUCAUGGGGGACAUGUUUCGAAGUGAAACAAUGGUUUUAUGCCAAAUGUUUAUACAACCAGAAGCUGCUUACACAUCGGUCUCGGAAUUGGGAGAAGCUGGGUGUGUUCAAUUUCGUGAUUUAAAUGAUGGGAUUAAUUUAUUUCAACGUAAAUUUGUCACUGAAGUUCGACGUUGUGACGAAUGGGAAAGGAAAAUUCGUUACAUUGAAACCGAAUUGAAAAAAGAUGGCAUUAAAUUACCCGAUAUUAUCGAUGACAUACCACGUGCUCCAAAUCCCAGAGAAAUAAUCGAUCUAGAGGCACAUUUGGAGAAGACCGAAAAUGAAAUACUCGAAUUAGCCCAAAACGAAGUCAAUUUAAAGUCAAAUUACUUAGAACUCACUGAAUUACGCCAGGUUCUAGAAAAUACAGAGACUUUCUUCUCACAUCACGAAAUGCUUAACCUCGAUUCUAGUCAAACAAAUAUACCACCUACUGAGUAUUUAGUGCCCCAAAGCAGGGGAAGAUUGGCAUUUGUUGCGGGAGUGAUAAAUCGCGAAAGAGUUUUCUCUUUCGAACGAAUGCUUUGGCGAAUAUCUCGGGGUAAUGUGUUUUUGAAACGUUCUGAUUUGGAUCAACCUUUCCGAGAUCCCGCCACUGGAUAUCCGGUGUACAAAACUGUGUUCGUAGCAUUCUUCCAGGGGGAAGAGCUGAAGAAUCGCAUAAAGAAGGUGUGCAUUGGCUUCCAUGCUGCUAUGUAUCCAUGUCCAAGCUCCCGCCAAGAGCGCGAUGAAAUGAUCAAAGGUGUGCGAACUCGAUUGGAAGACUUGAAAAUGGUAUUGAGCCAAACCGAGGACCAUCGCAACAGAGUCUUGGCCACAGUGUCAAGAAAUUUACCUACCUGGAGUAUUAUGGUGAAGAAAAUGAAAGCCAUUUACUACACUCUCAACCUGUUCAAUGUUGAUGUUACUAAGAAAUGCCUGAUCGGAGAGUGCUGGGUUUCGAUAAAGGACUUGAAUGUUGUACAGAGGGCCCUUUCUGAUGGAUCAGCACAGGUUGGAAGUUCUAUACCAUCGUUUCUAAACGUCAUCAAUACAAACGAACCACGGCCAACCUUCAAUCGAACCAAUAAAUUCACCCAGGGCUUCCAGAACCUCAUCGAUGCCUACGGCAUAGCUUCCUAUCGUGAAGCUAAUCCGGCGCUCUACACCAUAAUUACUUUCCCAUUUUUGUUCGCAGUGAUGUUUGGUGACAUUGGACAUGGCUUGAUUAUGCUUACGUUUGGAGCUUGGAUGUGCAUUUGGGAGAAACAAUUAUCAAGGAAGCGUGGUGGAAGUGAGAUUUGGACGAUUUUCUUCGGUGGUCGAUACAUAAUUCUACUCAUGGGCUUAUUUUCUCUCUACACUGGGUUCAUCUACAAUGACGUGUUUUCAAAAUCUAUGAAUGUAUUUGGCUCCGCGUGGAAGGUUCACUAUGACUAUUCAACAGUUUACGACAACCCAAGUUUGCAGCUGAAUCCGAAAAAUUUCACAGAUGGUGUUUACCCGAUGGGUUUGGACCCUGUUUGGCAAUUGGCUGAGAACAAGAUCAUCUUUCAGAAUUCAUACAAAAUGAAGUUAUCAAUUAUAUUUGGAGUCACUCACAUGCUCUUUGGAGUGUUCAUGAGUUUGGUUAAUCAAAUUCACCUUAAGAAAUGGGGAACUAUCUUUAUGGAAUUCUUGCCACAGGUGCUCUUCCUGUUGCUUCUCUUUGGAUACAUGGCUUUUAUGAUGUUCUUCAAAUGGGUCAGAUACACUGCUAAGACUGAAGUUCUUGGCGAUUCUCCAGGCUGCGCUCCGUCGGUGUUGAUCAUGUUUAUCAAUAUGAUGUUAUUUAAGUCAACUCCACCACUGGAGGGUUGCAGUGAGUUCAUGUUCGAGGGGCAAUAUACGUUGCAAAUGACCUUUGUCGCAAUUGGAAUGAUGUGCAUUCCCUGGAUGCUGCUGGCGAAACCUUUGUCGAUUCAGUUCUCUAGGAGAAAAAACAGCAAUCGCGUUUAUGAUCAAAAUGGAGCUGAUAUUCCAAGUUUGGGUGCUGCUGCAGGAGGUGGUGAACAUGGUCAUGGACAUGGACAUGAAAACGAACCGCUAAGUGAAAUUUACAUUCAGCAAGCUAUCCAUACAAUUGAGUAUGUUUUGAGUACAAUAUCACAUACUGCCUCUUAUUUGCGUCUUUGGGCUCUAUCGCUGGCUCAUGCUCAGCUGUCUGAAGUACUUUGGGGCCAACUUCUAAAAAUGGGAUUUUCAGUGCCAUCAUACUUUAUUGGACCCAUUAUGCUGUAUCUUAUAUUUGCCAUAUGGGGCUUCUUCACACUAGCUAUUCUAGUUAUGAUGGAAGGGCUAUCUGCUUUCCUUCACACUUUACGUUUACACUGGGUUGAAUUUAUGAGUAAAUUCUACGAAGGCUUGGGAUAUGCUUUUACACCGUUCAGCUUUAAAGUAAUUCUAAACGAACAAGAAGAAGAAAAACUGUAAAAGAUGAGAUGACGCUCUAUUAUUAUUAGGAAUAUACAAAAUCGGAAUUCGUAUUUUGAUGACGCAUUAAUUUAAAACAAUACUCUUUUAAUUGUUAUGUAUGUGUAAAAAAUUUAGAAAAGCAACAAUAAUCAAAUUUAAGACAAUA